AUGAAGCGCGCGGCCGAGACUUUGCUGCUGGGCGGCCUGUUGUUCACGGGGCAAGUUGCCGGCCUCGGCCUGCUGCUGGGGAUGCUGGGCUUGAGGCGGCCGCCGGUAGCGCCGGGCUCCAACAAGCCACCGCCGGUUGUUGUGUCGGGAUCGAAGCAACACUACCGAGAGAGUUCGACCUUUUCCAAGCUCUUUGCCGCGCCGCCCAUCGGCAACGAGCUCAGCCGCGCGGGGUGGAAAGCAUCCUGCGACAGCUUCGAGCCCGGCUACGAGUGCGGCAGGGCGAUUGACGGGACCAAUGGCACGUUUUGGCACACGAGAUACGAGGGCUCCAACCUGCCGCACCAGAUUGUGGUCGACUUUGGCUCCGCGCACGACAUCAAUGGCAUCUCGGCGCUUCCCCGACAGGACGGCAACAACCACGGCUUUAUAGCGCAGCACGAGGUGGCCGUCAGCGCCGACGGGCGGAGCUGGGAGACGGUGGCCGCGGGGGCCUGGUACGGCGGCGACGACCAGCUCAAGUACGCCAACUUUGAGACCCGUUCGGCGCGCUACGUCCGCGUCAGGGCCGUGAGCGAGGCCGGCGGCAACCCGUGGACGAGCCUGGCCGAGCUCAAGGCGUACGGGGCCUCGUCGGGACCGGCCGCGUACGGCGGCGUGGGCAAAUGGGGCCCGACGAUUGACUUUCCCACGGUGCCCGUGGCGGCGGCCGUGGACCCGGUCUCGGGGAGCGUGCUCGUGUGGUCGUCGUACACGUACGACAACUACCUCGGGUCGCCGCAGGACCGCGUCUUCACGUCGACAUGGGACCCUGCGACGGGCAGCGUGACGCCCCGGCUCGUGGACAGUACGGACCACGACAUGUUCUGCCCGGGCAUCUCCGUCGACGGCACGGGCAAGAUGGUCGUGACGGGGGGCAACUCGGCGUCCAAGACGACGCUCUACGACUUUGCGAGCGGGAGCUGGGCCCCGGGCCCCGACAUGAAGGUGCCGCGCGGCUACCAGGCGUCGGCGACGCUGUCGGACGGACGCGUCUUCACCAUCGGCGGCUGCUGGAGCGGCGGGUGGUUCCAGAAGAACGGCGAGGUGUACGACCCCAAGGCCGGGACGUGGACCGGCCUGCCGGGGGCGCUCGUGCGUCCCAUGCUCACCAACGACGCGCAGGGCGUCUUCCGCGCCGACAACCACGGCUGGCUCUUUGGCUGGAAGAACGGCAGCGUGUUCCAGGCCGGGCCCAGCGCCGCCAUGAACUGGUACGCGACGGCCGGGGGCGGCUCCGUGACGGGGGCCGGGCCGCGGCGGUCGGACCGCGGCGACGACGGGGACGCUAUGAACGGCAACGCCGUCAUGUACGACGCGACGCAGGGCGCCAUCCUGGCCGUCGGCGGCGCGCCCUCGUACCAGAGCAGCCGGGCGACGGCGCACGCGCACCUCAUCCGCAUCGCCGACCCGGGAUCGCCGGCCGUCGUGCGCUUCGCCUCGGCCGGCAUGUGGAGCCCGCGCUCCUUCGCCAACGCGGUCGUCCUCCCGGACGGCACCGUCUUCGUCACCGGCGGCCAGAGCUACGCCGUGCCCUUCUCCGACGACACGGCCCAGCUGACGCCCGAGCUGUACGACUCGGCCGCCGACAGCUUCCGCCGGCAGCAGCCCAACUCCAUCGCCCGCGUCUACCACAGCGUCGCCCUGCUGCUGCCCGACGCCCGCGUGCUCAGCGCCGGCGGCGGCCUCUGCGGCGACUGCACCACCAACCACUUUGACGGCCAGGUCUUCACGCCGCAGUACCUGCUGACGCCCGACGGGAGGCCCGCCGUCCGCCCCGUUAUCCGCUCCGCCACCCUGUCCGGCCGCAGAAUCACCGUCGCCGUCGACUCGCCCGUCUCCUCGGCCGCCCUGCUCCGCUUCGGCACGGCCACCCACACCGUCAACACCGACCAGCGCCGUGUCCCGCUGACCCUGGCCGCCGCUUCCGCCGCCGGCCGCAACACCUACGUCGCUGACGCGCCUUCCGACCCGGGCAUCCUGCUGCCCGGCUAUUACAUGCUGUUUGUCAUGAACGACAAGGGCGUGCCCAGCGUUUCCAAGACGCUCCGCUUCCUGGUGUGA